AUGGGAACGGAAUCCCCAGACGUCUGGCCACGUACUUCCGAAAUCUCUUUUGGUAAUACUGAAGUGACCAGACAUGAAUUCUACGAAUGUUUCGAGCAUGAUAGUAAUGAAUCUGACAGCAUCUUUGAUGCUGUUUCUCGCCUACCAGGGCGAGCCUUUUGCGUUUUCCGAAUUGAGUUAGAGAUAGGUCAGUUAACCUCGUACGCGUUAGAAUUCAACAUUUCAAAUUCGAUGGCUCAAGCGUUCAAUCGAGGAGUACUAGGUUCGAUUCCGGAGAGUGACAAUCCUCUAGUGUCUCCAUUUACAGUAGAGGAAAUUAACAACGCACUUAGGGCAACUAAAAAGAACAAGGCAUCAGGCCGUAAAUCAAAAGAAGUAUCUUCCCUCAAACCGGCCGCCAUUAUCGCGUACGAUUUGGAGAAAGCAUAUGACCUUGUCAACCGAGACGUACUGUGGGAAGUGAUGACAGCCAUGGGCUACCCUCCCCUUUGCUUGUCUAGGGGUAUUGACGGAAUUGAACACUACGGAAAACGCAUCCAAGUUCGUGCUAUUGAGAGAACUGCAACUGUUUAUUGGUUGGGGCCACAUCUCAAGAACCUCCUUCCACAAAUCACCCAGCCUAGGUUUAAUGCAACCCAUUCAUCGCAUCCAUACUUCACUACCUCACUUUCAACCAUCACCGAUCUACUAAAAGCUGGCAUCUUCACAUCGUCAACUGUAUCGAAUCACCGCGCCACCUACAAUCACCUGAUCGCUAACAUAGGGCAACCAGGGAGAACAGAGAUUGCGAAACCGGACCUUGACUGGGCUUCCAUCUGGCGUUGGGUGGCCAAAAUCAAAGGGAAAAACGCCGAACUGGUCUGGGAUUUUAACCAUAACCAGCUUCCCACCAAAAUGCGUCUCAAUAGUCUCAAUCUUUCAAACAACGACCAAUGCCCUCUAUGCAAUGCUGGCCAAGAAACUGACGACCAUCUAAUGUUACUUUGUAAAGAGAAAGUUGACAUUAGCUUAUGGCUCCGUAUUCAAUUGACAAAACUCGGAUGUCUAAAACCAUUGAAAUCAGCAAUCAAUGGAGACGUUGGAAAUGGGCCCAAUAAAAAGAAAAUACUGGCCCUCAUCCAAUCCUACAUAAUCACCGUCUGGACUGGCCGCAGCCAAAACUUCACCCCAGCCUUAAAGGAAAUACAGUCUCUCUGGUCACGCCUCCUUCAUUCAAAAAACUCUCCACAGACGUCACCUUCUAAACCCUAA